UCGUGAGCAUUGACUGUAAAAUUAUGGUCGUGAGUGUGUUUUAUUUUGAAGGUUGUUUGCGGAAGUAGGUUACAUCAUUGACGCUGGGAGCUAUCUAACCGUAAAGAAUUCUCAACUCCUGCACUAUUUUUAUUGAUUAAAAGGAUAAGGAUAACGUGAAGUUUCACAAAUGAUCUGUAUACUGUUGGUAGCCGGCCACGGCACCGUCUUAGAGGCACAAAUUAAGAAUGAUGACACAGGCUUAUACAGCCACCUAACUGGCAUACCAAAGGCUUUACUCCCUGGCAUCGGAGGAAAGAAGAUCCUUGACUUUUGGUGGGAAAUGGUCAAAAUGCGACAACUGUUCACAGAAGUGUAUCUGGUCACUAAUGCAGAUAAGUAUAAGCACUAUGAACGCUGGGCCACAGCAAAUGACUUCCCGGUGGAAAACGUUGUAAAUGACGGCAGCACUACGUUGGAGGACCGUCUCGGGGCCGUGGCUGACCUGGAGCUGGCCAUACGCAGCCGCAAGCUGCAGGAUGAUAUCAUUGUGCAGAUCGCAGGAGACAUGCUGUGUGCAGACCAGAACUUUGAUAUUGCUCAAGUUAUCCGUUUCUUCAGAUCAGAGCAGCCUGGAGAGCUGAUCAUAUACUACGAGCUGGAGGAAAGUGAGAAAAGCAGCUCCAGGGGCAUUGUGGAGGUUUGCCAAGACACCCAUAGGAUAACUCGCUUUUUGGAGAAACCGCAGGAAGGGCUGACAGGAUCCCGCCUGGCCAGCGUGGUGUUUUACUGCAUUCGGAGAGACACACUGUCCUACCUGUCUGACUUCCUCAGAAUGCAGCCUCAAGCCACCGACAGGUCCUUCGGACGAUUCUGGGAGUGGCUCAUUAACGAGAAGCAACUCGAUGUGUUUGGGAUGAAGCUUCCUACUGGCUUCCAGCUCAUUGGACAAGUGGGCCUGUCAGACUACACCAAGUGGCUCACCCACUACUCUACCAAGCAACAAGAUAAUCCUGCUAAACCAAUAACAUACAGAUCAUUUGCUAGGGUUGGCUUAAUGGGGAACCCCUCAGACGGCUUCAACGGAAAAACCAUCGCUAUGUCCAUCUCUAACUUCUGGGCCGAGGUCACUCUAGUGGAGAGCCAGACUUUGGUUUUAGUCCCUCAUCCACUCAAUGACCCCACAGAGUUUGGAAGCUUGCAAGAUCUGUUCUGUAUCAGCAGGAAGGAAGGGUACCUGGGAGGUCUGCGGCUACUGCAGGCUACCUGUAAGAAGUUCUACCAGUUCUGCUCCAAACAAGGUAUUGCUUUGACAAAGCAGAACUUUACACUGAAGUACGACACCAACAUUCCUCGGCAAGUGGGCCUUGCUGGAAGCAGUGCCAUUGUCUCAGCUACCCUGAAGUGUCUUAUGAAAUUCUACAACAUCACAGACAACGAUCUCCCAAAGCCGAUCCGAGCCAACUUCAUUCUCAACGUAGAGACUGAUGAACUUUUCAUCACUGCUGGCCUGCAGGACAGAGUUGUUCAGGUCUAUGAAGGCUUAGUCUACAUGGAUUUCAGCAAGAAGCUCAUGGAAGAGCAGGGCUACGGGAACUAUGUUUCUAUGGACAUGAUUGGACUCCCACUGUUCUGGCUGGCGUACCUGAGCGACCCCAGUGACUCUGGACGCAUCCACAGCAACAUCAGACAGCGCUGGCUCAGUGGGGAGCUUCUGGUAGUUGAAGCCAUGAAGACUUUUGCAGAGCUGACUGAUGAAGCGAGGACGGCUCUGCAGGACAAAGACUGGAGGCGUCUGGCACAACUGAUGGACCAGAACUUUGAGCUGCGGAGGUCUGUCUACACUGAUGACUGUCUGGGUCCUGGGAAUCUCAGGAUGGUUCAGCUGGCGAGGCAGUUUGGCUCAGCGGUGAAGUUACCUGGCAGUGGGGGGGCCGUGGUGGGUCUGUGUCUGGAUGAUGAGCGACUGGUGGAGAUGAGGCAAGCUUUCCAGGAGGCAGGCUGUGUCUUCUGUGUCAUCACACCAUACAACCCAUCUGCCAGCACUGUCAGCGGCCAACACUAACCUCACAUCUCCCCACGACUCAGUCAGGCUACUCAAGGCCAACUCAGGGCCAUCGGUUGUAUAUAGCACAGUGUGGCCCUCAAUGAGGCCCAAUGCCAUUUUCAUAUGACUUAUUAUUACAAUGGACAGCAACGAUCAUAACCAGUUACAUGAUAUUCUAUGAAAGCUAUGAAUAAAAAAUAAUCAGGGUUGCUAAAAGGAUCUUUACUCUUGAUGAUGAGGUGAUAGUUUGUGUAAUAAUAAUGUAUCAGAUUGGUGAAAUUAUGUUUAGUCUAACAUCAGGUAUUGCUUCACUUUGUCCCAAAAAAAAAUGUGAAUCUGCAUUUUUCAAAAUUUUGUUGCAGAUUAUAUGAGAUUAAUUUAAGGUGUAGCGAGUUGACAACCUUGUGUCAAAUGUAUCAAUCACUCACAACAAUGUAAAAAUUAUGUAAUUAUUUUUGUACGUGUGAUACAUAGUUUGUAUAGAUCUAAACACAUCAUCUUUGUAUAAUUAAUGUUUUUGUACACAAAUUAAAAGCAAGUGUUCUCUCA